AUGUUUCAAAUUCAUCGGCAGACUCAGAUGCAACACCCACAGAUUGAGGUGUACGUUGAGUAUGAAACUGUAGCGGCAGUGGCGGUUCAGAAUGAUAUAGAUAUACAUGAUGAUAGAGGUGCAGUGUACGAAGGUAUGAAUAGUGACAGCGAAGAGGACUUCGAAGCCACUUAUGAGGCCGGCGGCGAAGAUGAGGAUGGUGAUGUGGUAGUUGAGGUAGCAGCAGAGAAUGUAGUGGUUCGUCCGCCGAGCAGUCAACCGAUGGACGUUCCACCUUUUAUGCGUGAGUUGGAUCUCGAGGCCAUGCAUGCCCCCGAGUUUCCGGAAUAUACAAACAUAGGCGUUGCCGAUGCUGAGGACGGGGAGUUCCAGAUUGGAAUGGAAUACAGUUCUAGAAAGUCGGUCAUCGCAGCGAUUAGAAGUUUCACUAUUGCUAGAGGAGUUGACUAUGAGGUGUAUGAGUCUGAGCCACAGACGUUCUAUGCAAAAUGCAAUAUGUACGGGCGUGGAUGUGACUGGCUUAUCCGAGCUAGCUUGAUACGGAAAAAAGGUUGUUGGGAGAUACGAAGAUACAACGGUAGGCACACGUGCACGAUCGGAACGAUUUCACAAGAUCAUUCCAAGUUGGACUCAGAUACAGUUGCCGAUGCUAUAAGGCCAUUGGUCGAGUCGGACCCGUCCAUCAAGGUGAAAUCUAUAAUUGUGGAAGUCCAGUCAAGGUUCAACUAUACCAUCAGUUACCGAAAGGCUUGGUUGGCAAAGCAAAAGUCCAUAGCCAACAUUUUCGGUGGUUGGGAGGAUUCUUACCAAGCCUUGCCAUGGUGGCUCUCGGUCAUGGUGCAGAAGAUGCCUGGUUCAGUUGUCCAAAUAGAAACACGACCACUGUACAACGGGAAUGAGGAGGCGCAAGGAACACUCCUGGUCGCUGUUGCACAAGAUGGGAACCAGAACAUUGUGCCUAUCGCCUUUGCCUUGGUGGAAGGGGAGACAGCUGAUGCGUGGCACUUCUUUCUCAGGAAUCUGCGAAUGUAUGUUGUUAGAAAAGACGGCGUGGGUAUGAUCUCAGACCGACAUGAGUCAAUACGGGCAGCAGUAAAUCGUCCCGGUGGCGACUGGCAACCUCCAAGAGCAUGGUAUUCAAGAACGGUGGAGGAGUACAAUAUCAACUAUAAGAGGUUGGAAGAGCGAGGCGAGGCAUAUGCCAGGUGGUGCGAUGCCAUUGGACUCAGACAUUGGGUAUUGGCAUUCGACGAGGGACAUCGAUGGGACCAUAUGACAACGAACCUUGUCGAGUGCAUUAACUCAGUGUUGAAGGGUGUCCGUAAUCUACCUGUAUUGGCGCUGGUCCGAGCAACAUAUUAUAGGUUAAAUAAACUUUUUACGCAGAAGAGUGCCGAGACUCACGAAUGCAAGCAUGCUGGAUAUACGUACUCCGCAUUUGCGCAACAGCGGAUAGAAGUGAGUAUGCAACAAGCUGGGAAUAUAGUUAUGCACCGCUUUGAUAGACGAAAUGAGGUGUUUGAGGUGCGCAAAAUGACUACAGAAAAGGUGUUAGUUGUUGAUCUUGCGCGAAGGAGGUGUGACUGCGGGCACUUUCAGGUUGAACGAAUACCAUGUCGCCAUGUUAUUGCUUGCUGUGCUAACCAGCGUCUCGAUUGGCAGUUGUAUGUGCAUGAUGUGUACAAGAUGACGGAGGUUCGUAAAGUAUAUAGGUUUGAGUUCACACCAUUAGGUGAUCCCGAUACAUGGCCUGCUUAUGAGGGACCCACAUUGGUUGCUAAUCCCGCGCUGAGGCGAACGUCUAAAGGAAGGCCCAAACUGACCCGAUACUUGAAUGAAAUGGACUCACGCGACAUGCGUGGUCCUCGAAUAUGCCAUCUCUGUGGUGCUCAGGGUAAUAGUCGGAGUAGGUGUCCUCAGCGUGCUGGACCGAGUGGUGCUGCUUCGUAG